AUGGACACUUGUAAAUGUGUGUGUGUGUGUGUGCGCGCGUGCGCGCGCACACAAGCUUGUGUUUUUCAGGGGCCAUUGACAUUUAGGGAUGUGGCCAUCAAAUUCUCUCUGGAGGAGUGGCAAUGCCUGGACACUGCUCAGCAGGAUUUGUAUAGGAAAGUGAUGUUAGAGAACUACAGAAACCUGGCGUUCUUGGCCUAUCUGAUCACCUGUCAGGAGCAAGGAAAAGAUCCCUGGAAUAUGAAGAGACACGGUAUGGUAGCCACACUCCCAGGUAGUCUCUUUACUGCGUUAACAUUUACCUUUGGUCUCAGCAGACUCAAACUGUCAUUCCAAAGUAUACUGCCAUUUCUUUCAGCACUAUAUGUCAUGAGAGACAGAAACCAGUGUCUAGAAAGGCUCCUACAAGAAAGUAAUAAAGAUUUAUGUGUUCUCAUUUUGCCCAAGACCUUUGGCCAGGGCUGA